AUGGACAAGCAGGCCAAGAAAGGACCUUGGACGCCCGAGGAGGACCGGGCGUUGUUGGAACUGGUGGCGUUGCUGGGUCCUCAGAACUGGGUUCGGAUCGCGGCUCAGCUGCAGCAGCGGUCGCCGAAACAGUGCCGGGAACGGUACCACCAGAGCCUGAAGCCGAGCCUGAACAAGACGCCGAUCUCGGACGAGGAGGGCGCGGUGAUCGAGGAACUGGUGGGCCGGCUGGGCAAGAAAUGGGCCGAGAUCGCGCGGAUUCUGAACAACGGGCGGUCGGACAACGCCAUCAAGAACUGGUGGAACGGCGGCGCGAACAAGCGGCGCCGUGCCGCCGCUGUCGCGGCGGCGGGGCCGGCGGGGCCGGCGGUGGCGCCGCUGGCCCACCACCACCACCACCACGUCCUACCCACGCCUCACGCAACGCUCAACUCGAUCACGCUGCCCAGCCCCGUGUCGGGGUACAUGGCCGCGCAUUUGCCGCUGUCGCUGCCGCCGCCGCUGGCGCUGGGUGCGCCAGCGGCGGCCGCGUCGCAGUCGUCGUCGCCGCUGUCGUCAGCGGCGGCGGCGGCCUCUGGCUACGCGUUUCCGGCCCACCCGCUCGCGGGCCAGCUCACGGGCCAGCUUCUGACGCGUGGAUCGCUGCCGCCGGCGCUGCCGUCGCCGCUGCAGCAGCCGCUGCAGCAGCCGCCCAGGUCCGACGCGUCUGUCAUGACGCAUCGGUCGCUCACAGAUCCGUCACGCGAGGGCUCUGUGAGCUGCGACGCCGCCGCCACGUCCAGCAACGCAUCGCGCAGAUCCUCGACUGUGUUUUUCGACGCUGUGCCUGCGACGAAACGACGCGCCUCCCAGGCAAGCUCUUCACUCUCCUUCCCGCGAGCACACAGCAUAUGCUCUCCCGGAACGUCCCGAAGCGCCGAGUCCAGCAAAAGCAGCAUUUUUUCCGCGGCCGCCGCUGCCCCGCCGACCAGCGGCACCGACACCGGCGUUUCCAAGUCUCCUUCGUCCUCAUCCUGUAAAAAAGCCCUUUCCGAACAGCCGCACCCACAACCUUCGCCGCUGUUCAAGUCCGGAUUCAGUUUCGCCGACGGCAGCGGUCCGCUCACCCACAGCCCGAAAUCCUCAACAGACAGCAUGGAAGCCAAGAAAACCGGCUCCAGCAGCGCCAAACUCGAUUACCUGCUCAACGAAGACGGAUGA